CCACCACUGCUCACCCGCCACCACCACCACUGCUCACCCGCCACCACCACCACCACCACCGUUACCACCUGCCUACCAUACAUACUCACUCACAUCCCAUGCCCUCCGUGUGAUCUCGUCCGCAGAAAAUGGGAUGCUGCAUCUCCCGCCCCGUGCCGUCCGCCGGGUCCGCCAGCGGCGCCGACACCGAGACGCAACAGCUGCGGACAUCAACAGUGGCAUCGCCGCGGGCUCACGUACCACCACCGCCUCCCCCACCACCGCUCCCACCACCUUCCUCACCCUCCCGCCAGCACCGUCACCACCAUCCGCACCUACAACACCCUCCGCACCCCCCGAUCCCGCUCAGCGACCGCUACAACCACGCGCUAGUGCGCAAGCCUCCCUGGAGCAGCAAGCGGGCUGUGACGUCCGCGGCGCUGCAGCGCGCGCGCAACGAGUUCUGGGACACGAGGGUUACCGGAAGACCCGAGAUCUGGGGCGCGCUCAGGGCGGCCACGGAAAUGCUGCAGAUGGAUCUGAGUACUGCUCAGGGCAUUGUCGACGCGGCGGGGAUUACUGUGCCGACUGGGGAUCUGUCAAGAGGCGUCUAUGAUGAGUCCGGUCAUCGCUAUGAAAUUCCUGAAUAUUGCUUUAGCGAUCCGGUUAAUGUUUCUACCGCGGUGGUGGAGAGGGGGCGUAUGGAUGAGGAGGAUGAGGAGAGCGAGGAGGAUGACGCGGCGGGCGAUCUAGGGAAGGGAAAGAUGCGCGUGGGCCGCGAGGUGCUGCUAAAGGCUAGACUGUCGGAUCGGGGCGGACCUGAUGUUGCUAUUAAAGUCGAUGAGGCGGCGACGGUGAGGAGGAUUACCGUGCUGGUUGAGGGGAAGGCUCAGCUACCGGCAACUCAACGGAUCAGUCUGAUGUACCUUGGCAGGAUUCUCGAGGAGAACAAGACACUGGCGGCGCAGGGGUGGAAGAGGGGUGAUGUUGUAAAUGCUCUGGUCCGCUCGAGAUAGCGGGGGAGGGCCACGUAAGUACGUUGGGUUUAAAUGUCUUGUUAUUUCUUGGUCUGUUCUUGGGGGAUCGGAGGUGUUCUGGUAUCUAUUCUGUUUUUUUCUUUCUUUCUUUCUUUCUUCUUUCUUUCGCGAUGGAGUUUGGGUUUCAUGAAAUGUACACAUCUUUCGGCGCGACGUGUAUAUAUCUGGGGAGUAUAAUGGCUGUUGGCGAUAGGAGAGGCGGGCGGGAAUAUGCACCUACAUUUUGUAGGUAAUGUAGGAGGAUUGGGAUUGCAUCAAUCUCAGCUCAGCUCAAUUCCGCGACUUUCCGCCUGGCUGGCGAUUCUUCAGGGCAGCAGCUGUCGCCAUUUGCAAUUGAGAGCAAAAAACACCCGAU